UCCGCGAUACCAGUCCCCUAUAUCACUUUGAGACAUUAUUGGAGAGUACUCUGGCGAUCUAAAAAUGAAGUAUCACUAUCAGUCUUGAAAAUCCUACUGCAAAGUGCCAGAGAAAUGUCUGUCAUUUAUUCCAAAUCGAUGCCAGUCAAGAUUGUAUUUCCCAAGCAAUUCGACGUGUACUUAAUAUUGAUUCGCUGCUCCUCUAAAAUUAUCAAUCGAUGCAGAUGUUACGUUUUAUAUAUAUGCUGGAGUUAUCAAUUAUGAUAUACCGAGGAUCAGCGAACGCGCUAACUUCAAAUGUAGUAGACUAGACUAGCAUCAACUUCGUUGGAACAAUAUUUAAAACAAAGGAGACAUUCUAGACAAUAUGCAACAUCUCGAUCUAGAUAGAAGAGGCUCAGGGAAAAUAUGGCAUCGAAAACCCAAUCCAUCAAGUGACAAUGGGUUGAUGGUUCAGAUUGGCAAGGAAUCUUCUGCAGCACUCAAGUUUCAAGGUCAUGCCAUCCGUUUCUUGCAGGCUGGGUUUGAUGCCAGUGGAGAUAGGUUCAUAGCUGGAGAUCAUCAAGGAAAUAUAUAUGUCUUUGAUCUCCAUAGAAACAGAUUCCAACUGGUACAAAAGUUAGGAGUUUCAUGUACUGCUAUAGCCUUCACGCUAAGACGUAAAACAGAGUAUUUAGUUGCACUCUCAGACUGCUCACUGAAAUGUUAUGACACAGAUACAAAAGAGAUGAUAGCAUGUAUGAAGGGUCAUCAGACUCCUGUCCACUCUCUGUCCGUUCAUGCCUCUGGCCGCUAUGCCUUGACCACUUCCAAUGAUACAGCUCUUCUGUGGGAUCUUGACACAUUCACCAGGAAACGCAAACUCAAUGUCAAAGAUGAUGUCAACAUUGUCAAAGUGUUUUUCCUCCCAAUGAGUAACACUAUAAUGACCUGUUUCCGUGACGAUACAAUGUUUGCUUGGGAGUCGGAUACAUUGCAGUGUAAAUACCAGCUUCCCAUCCCCCCUGGUGACAGACCACAUUACAAAGCAUUUGCUACUCCAAGAGAUGGAAGGUUGCUUGUAGCUGGUGGAAAAUGCCAGUUUCUUCAUAUUUGGGCACUGCAUACCCGAUCUCUUCUGAGAGUCAUUGAGAUGCCUUCUAAAGUAAGAGCUGUCAAACAGAUUCAUUUCCUUCCAGAGAGCUUUGAUGGAGGUGCUAGUCAGAUGGUUGGUGUUUUGAGUCAAGAUGGUCUGGUGCGUAUCGUACACAUCCACAGCUGUAAGCUACUCUGUGAUCUAGGUAGCCUAGACGACCGAGUGAUCCACUUCACGGUCAGUCCAUCUGGACGUAACAUUGUGGCCAUCAUGGAGAGUGGACGUAUGAAUAUCUACAGUAUACCUGCACUCCUGUCUGAUUUCAAUAAGCCACCUCCACCACUUGUGAAGGCCACAGCAGAUCACAAUCGUAGCAGCGCGACAUCUCGUAGACAAAGAUCAACCUUACGAUCGAUAGCACCUAGUUUUGUUGGAUCUCAGUCAGUGAUUGGCUCCGAGGUUGAUAAGAUGUCGAGAGCAGAUGCCAGGAUAGGAAAGACAGUAGGUGGGACUAUUAGAGUUGAGAUGGAUGAAGAUGAUAAUGAGAUUUCAUCUUUGCCAGAUGGGUUAAGUAUGAACAGACUGGCAGCCAUCUUGAAAGGAUACGGGGAAUACCCUGCCAAAUACAGGAUGUUUAUCUGGCGAUCAAUGCUAAGACUUCCUGAGAAUCAUGUAGCAUUCAGUAACCUGGUUGAUAAAGGUAGCCAUCUAGCCUGGGCUAAGGUUCAUGAGAACUACCCAAUCAAGAGCAGGAAACUACUACGAGUACUUCAGAGAACCCUGUCAGCUCUUGCUCACUGGUCAGCGUUGUUUGGUGAGAUGGACUAUCUUCCUCUGCUAUCCUUUCCAUUCAUCAAACUCUUCCAGAACAACCAGCUUGUCUGCUUUGAAGUCAUCGCAACUAUCCUUGUGAACUGGUGUCAGCAUUGGUUUGAGUACUUCCCUAAUCCACCCAUCAACAUUCUAGGGAUGGUAGAGAAUGUCUUAGCCUACCAUGAUAGGAAGCUAUUAGAACACUUUGUCUCAUAUGAUGUCACAUCACAGUUGUAUGCCUGGCCAAUCAUGCAGACACUCUUCUCUGAGGUAGUAACCAAAGAAGAAUGGUUGAAACUUUUUGAUCAUGUCUUUACCAACCAUCCAUCAUUUCUACUCAUCUUGGUUGUAGCUUAUCUGAUUGGAUCUAGGGGAGCCUUGAUGGCAUGUAACAACAAGGAUGACUUCAAGUACUUCUUUCAUCACCGCAAUGCGAUCGACAUCAACUCCAUGAUAGGUGAGGCGUAUCGCAUCCAGGAAGGCACUCCCGAUGACGUCAAUCCAGAGAAGCUUCUUGAUGAUCUCAAACCGCUCACCAAAGGACAGUAUCCAGUCUUCAACAAGUAUCCCAAGUUCAUUGUAGACUAUCAGGCCCAGGAGAGGGAGAGGAUCCGCGAAGAUGAGCUGGAGUAUCUCCACCAGAGGGAGGCAGCAGCAGAGCUCCAUGCAGAGCUAACCAGGAGACGGGCCGAGGAGGAGGCCUGGUACAGACAACAGGAGCUACUCAAAGAGGCUGAAGAACAGAGGAGAGUGCUCAUUGCAGAGGAGGAACAAAAGCUGGUGGAUCAAAGGAUCAGACUCCAAGCAAUGAAGCGUGAGCUACAGAUGAAGGAACUUCAGCUAUUAGAUGGAGCUCAAAGGAAGUUUGUUCAUCAUCAACAGAACCAGCAAGAAACGCAACUUAGGAGACUUGAUGAUGAGAUAGCAAGGAAGAGUAUUUUGAGAGAACAGGAGACUAAGGCUGCCGUGGAUGAUAUUGAGAUUCGAAGAAUGGACCUUGAGGCGCAAAAGAGAAAGCUUGAACAGGAGCUUGCGAAGACUGCAUCAUCAUCCACGUACCAGCAACAAGCAGAGGCUGAGAUGAGGAGAAAGAGAGAAGAGCUGGCAGAGAGAAGACAAGCUAGGCAGGAGGAGAGUCAGAGAGAUCUGUUACAUGGACGGAGAAAGGUGGUACAGACUGACGUAGCUCGAGCCAAUCUGAAACUAGCAGAGACGUCUAUGAGAAGAGAUGAAGAGGUUCGGAGGAGACUGGAUGACUUGGAAAAGGAACUCAGAAAUGCAGAGCUGUCUAGAUUGAAUGACGAGAAUCGAGAGAUAGAAGAAGAGGUCCAGACUGUUCUACACAGACUAGCUGAUGCAAAGCGUGACCAUGCCAAUCACCUCCAACACGAGUAUGAUCAACUGAAAUCAAAGUCCCAAUCUGGCCAUCCUUCCAUGCAAGCAGAUGAUAGGAGAGAGAUUGAGCUAAGAGAAGGGAGGCCUAUCCUCAAUGAUGUUAGUACAUCUACAGAAGGAAGUGUUCCAAUAUCUCUUGAUCGAGGAAGACAGACGUUUGAAGAGAGAGAACGUAGAUUACUUCACGAGGUUCGAGAGCUGAGGCGGAAGAUAGCUGCUGAAGCUAUCAGAAAGGAACCACCCCCAAGAUACGGGCAGGAAGAUGGCUGAUGGAAAGGACUCUUAAAUUCUGUAUGUAGUUCAUGAGGGAAAGUUUUACUACCUGUUUAGAGUGGAUGAAAUGGAGAUUUAGGCCCCUUUUCUCAAAUGUUUCAAUUGUACUAUGGUACAAAACCAUGGUUUAUGCAGAUUUCUCGUAUUAUCGUGCUUCCCUCUUAGCACUCUUUGCCAACAGCGUGCAUUUAAUUAGAUUUUUUCUUGGUAUAGACUAUGAGAUAAGCAUAGUUAUGUACACAAAUCUGCAUAAACCAUUUUUUUGUUCCAUAGCACAAUUGAAACUUCUUUCAAGAAUAUGGGCCUUAGAAUCUGUAUGUAUUGUAUGAAUGAAGGAUCUACUGGGUCAUUAGCAGAAAACAUUACAAUUUAUUCAUACUUUGGAAGUAGGCUCUCAAAGUUCUGCAACAUUUAUUUGCCCCUCUGCAACUGUCAAGAUGACAAUCAGGUGCGGAUCCAGAGUUGAAAUUUUACAGGGUGCUACAUGUUCCAGAAAUUUUUUAAAGGGGUGCCCUAUUUUACCUGUUGGAAAUUUGACAAGCAAAAAAAAAAAGAAGGUUGUCACCUAAAUUUAAGGUCAAUCAUUCGUCUGCCAAAAAAUUAACAAGCCAAACAAAAAUUAAGCAAAAAAAAAAAGAAAAAGAAAGGUUUCACCUAUAUGUAAGGUCAAUUUGUCUCUUUUUUUAAUAUAAAUCCUAUGGGGGGGAGGGGCUCGUCCACCUUCAGCCCCCCCCCUGGAUCCGCGCUUGACAAUAGUUUUUUUUAAUAUAAAAAGCUCUUUAUAGCUGAAGAGUAUGGAUAAUUGAAAAAUUCAUAUCAGUCGAAUUGUCCCAUUCAUCAUUUUGCCAAAAUAUUUCAGUUUCUGUGACAUUUUGUCAAAACAAUGACAUGGAAGACUUGUCUUGUACUGCAUCGGUGCUUGAGUGCCAGUGGUGCUUUAGCUUCAGUAUGUCAAUGAAUUUGUUUAGAUCCACACACUUUGUUCAGAUCCAUCACACAACUUGUCAUCUGCUUUUUAUUUGGAUUAGGGAGUUGCUGGUCACGGAGUGCAAAUGCAGAAUAUACCUUGUCUAUUUGUGUUAAUUCGUACAUGAGUGUUAGGCUGGGGGUCAAAAGAUGAAUUGUGACAUAUUUCUUAGAAUGUCCCAACUACCUGUUAGUGAUGGGUCACAGUUGAAACAUGAUUUCAUCCGUUAUCUAUUACCAAUGCAAAUUAAGAACACAAAAUUUCUGUUCUCUAUCUAUUCAUGGGGAUCCUACCUGACAGAGAUUCACAUGGACACAUGCUGUUAUACUGUCUCUUAACCUUUACUCCCACUCUUGCAACUCUUUCCAAUACCAAAAGUUCUUUCAGGCUAACACUGUACCGCAUGAGGUGGUAGUUUUGUGUUUAAUGACAAUGUUACUAUAGGCUUGUGACAUAAGAUAUCCCUCUCCCCAGUCCCCACACAAAUAUAUAAUAAUCCCAAUCAACAAUAGAUGUAUGAAGAGCAUAUAUACUAAAAAAAUCUGUAAAUGAAAAAAAAAACAUUUGUUGGUUCCUAAAAUACAUAUUGGGUAUUACUUUACAUACUUGGAGAAAAACGUAUCACUGGCUAUUACAAGGACGUAUUAUUAAAUAGAUUUUUCAAGUAUUGGCCAUCUCACUUCUAGGAGUUUCCAUUGAUCUUUUCAAAUAAAUCACUUGCAUGUUAACUCCAUUUUGUGGUGUCAUUGACAAAAUUAGAUUUGUGAAGAAUAUAUAUUAAAGGAAAAUGACACUUGCAUUACAAAAACGUUUUGGCAAACAGAAUCUUAAGGUUUAUUUAUGCAGAAAAACCAUUUGAAAUAUUUGUGUGAUCACUUUUAUUUUAAGGCAAAAUGGCACAAACUACUUGUAUUACCUGAAAAACUUCACAAACGUUAUGCUCCUGUAGGUGCAGUUUAAUUCCACUUUUUCAUUAGCAAAAGGACAGUAUAACAAUAUAUAUAGAACAUAUAUUAUGAGAUGGGAGAGAAUAUAUUGUGAUCUUUCAUGUUAUAUGUUAGGUAUUUUUUAAUUGUCAAAUGUAAAAAGUUGUAAAAUUACAAAUAUUUGUGCAAAAGUUAUAUGAAAAGUUAUGUGUAGAUAUUGUAUAAAGCUUGAAGCAUUAAUUGUAUAAAUUGUAAAUGAAUUUUGUUUUUGUUUCAACCUACAUUCCCAGGUUGUGAAAAUAAAUUGAAAACACCUAUCCAAU